AUGAAGAUCUUUUUUACUCUCUUCUUGCUUGCCUUAGGGCUUACAGCAUCUGCCCAGUCCUUUGUCUCCCCACCAAAGAACAUUACGACCGUUCUUUCGAAGAAGUUCCUAGGAGCAAGAAUAUCAUAUAAAGAGGUCACUAAUAUCUGUGAGACAACACAUGGUAUUCACUCAUACUCGGGAUAUGUGCAUCUCCCGAGCUACUUUGUGCCCGAUGCUGGAGGCGCCAAAGGGUUACCUGAGAAUGGCAAUGCAAGCUACUUUUUCUGGUACUUUCCGGCCCGAAACAACCCAGAGAGCGCCCCGACCGCUAUGUAUUUUGGCGGUGGUCCAGGCUACAGCGGAUUUGAUGGCUCGUCAGCUUUCCCUUGCUACUUCAACCCCGAUUCGAACUCAACCACGCUAAACAAGCAUUCCUGGAACAAUCAUGUCAAUAUGCUUUACAUCGACAAUCCUGUGGGAGUGGGCUUUUCUUAUACUACCCUCGCAAACGGAACACUUGACACUUUGACCAACACUUUCAAGCCCGCCUACAAACACAAUGACACAUUGGAGUCCAUCACCGAUAUCAAUGAUCUCAAGGAGAUUGACCUCACAAAGACCCCAGCCACAAUGCAUGUAACUGAUCCGGCAACAACGAUUAAUGGCACAAUGGCUGCGGCUAGGACGAUCUGGAGAUUCUCGCAGGUUUGGUUCAACGAGUUCCCUGAGUACCGUACUGAGAACACAAAAAUCUCCAUAUGGGGAGUGUCUUACGCUGGCUUUUAUGCCACUAUGUUCACUACCUACUUCCUCGAACAGAACGAGCUUAUUAAGAACGGAAAGCACGAGAUCAAAGAAGCAACUGAACUCAAUAUGGCAACUGUGGGUAUCAUUAAUGGGGUCACAGAUAUCGAAGCUAUGGCCCUCGGCUGGCUUGACUAUGCCAGAAAUAAUACCUACGGCCAUCCCAUAAUUAACGAGACGUCUUACGUUAGGUUGAUGGGUCUAAUGACUGAUCCUCAAAAGGGCUGCUUUGCCCUUCUCCGUUCCUGUAGAGCCGCUCAAGCACAAAACGAUCCACAAAUGAGAGGGAUUGAUGCUCGCGUCAAUAAGGCUUGUGCAGCGGCCUCAGCCACCUGUUUAGAAAUCGGUUUUACAGGCGUAGACAACGCUACUAUUUACAACCCAUUCGACAUAUCGGUUGAGAAACCAGGAGCAUUUCCGUACGAGUAUGAGGCUGCUUUCUUUAACCAACAAUGGGUUCAACAAGAGCUUGGUGUACCACUGAACUAUACAAGAGGAAAUGAUGCAUUCCCAGAUGUAUUCUUCGGGGGAACGGGUGAUCCGGCUCGCUAUGACCUCUCACACCUGGGCAAUAUUCUAGAUAGAGGCCUCAAUGUCGCUCUGGUGUCUGGCGACCGUGACUACCGCUGCAACUGGUUUUCUGUGGAGAAUGCGUCGCUUCAUAUUCCUUUUCACAGCGCAAAGUCCUUUGCCAACUCUGGUUAUGCAAAUAUCGUCACCAACUCAUUCUACAAUGGCGGUCUCGUCCGCGAACACGGCGGCCUCUCGUUCUCGCGCGUGUAUCAAGCAGGUCACAGUGCCGGUGGGUUCCAGCCCGAGACAGUGUCCAGAAUCUUUGAGCGCGCCAUGUUCCGAAAAGACGUGGCAACGGGUAAAGUGGAAUUGACUAGGGAAGAGACUUACCAGUCCAACGGCAAGGCUGACGUGAGAGACGUCAAGAACAAGCUUCCUGCCUCAAUAGACAGUGUCUGCUACGUCUUGCAGCCAGCCGACACGUGCACAAAGGAGCAGAAAGCAGCUUUAGUUGAUGGGACAGCGGAAACUAAGGACUGGGUGGUCACUUCACCACAGGGUUUCAGAGGAAAGGCAGGUGGCAAUCAUAACAGUAAUUAG